AUGGCCGCCAGCAUGACACGCAAGGAGAUCCUUGGGAAGGUCUAUAAGAUGAUCCCUCCCAUGCUAGAGAAGUUCCACAAAGGUCAACUAGGAAGAGUAGCCGUGAUCGGCGGCAGCGAGGACUACACCGGAGCACCAUACUUCUCAGCAAUGGCCUCUGCGAAGCUCGGCUGCGACAUGUCACAUGUCAUCUGCGAGCCAGGCGCUGGAGCUGUGAUCAAGACGUAUUCGCCCAACCUUAUGGUGCACCCAUACAUGCGGCAGGAGAAGAACCUCGCAAAGGGCGAGACGGUCGACAGCAUCAGCGAGAACGUCAUUGGUAUGCUUGACAGGCUGCACGUUGUGGUGAUCGGACCAGGUUUGGGCCGCGACCCAGCUAUGCAGGAGACAUGCGCGAGAGUUAUCGCUGAGGCGAGGAAGAAGAACAUCAGCUUUGUGCUGGACGCGGAUGGACUGUACCUGGCGCAGACACGACCAGAGCUUGUCAAAGGCUACAAGGAGUGCAUCCUCACGCCCAACGUCGUGGAGUUCGGACGGUUAGCCAAGAGCCAGAACAUCGAUGUUGAGAAGGGCGACGCAUCGAAGCUAUGCGAGCAGCUGGCGACAGCGCUCGGCGGCGUUACGAUCAUCCAGAAGGGCAGCGUGGACUACAUCUCCAACGGCACGCACACCAUGACCUCGGAAGGCGAGGGAGGUAUGAAGCGAUCAGGUGGACAGGGCGACACUCUCACUGGCUCUCUGGCAACGCUUCUGGCUUACAGAAAAGCGUACCUGGAGAAGAUCUGGGAUCAUGAGAACGACAUGAGCCCUGAUGAGCUUCUUGCUCUGUGUGCGUACGGUGGCUCCGCCAUCACGCGAGAGUGCUCGAGGCUGGCGUUCAAGGAGAAGGGUCGAAGUCUGCAGGCUGCUGAUCUGACGGAGCAUGUGCACACUGCGUUCUUGGACAUUGUUGGGGAGAAGCCCACGGAUGGGAGCAAGCUCUGA